GAGGAUAUGUUCCUGUGGCUUGCCUUGUUCCGGCUUUUGAGCACCCUCCCCACUUCUGCAUGGUUGCAAGUUCGCACUGCCACUUCAGCCACGAGCAGUCCCAUGGCUGGAUAUCAGCACCAGCAGGCUCACACCACUGUGUGGGCAGGGGGCAAGCCCCAAGUCUUGUGCGCCUGAUCAAAGCAAGCCACAGGCCAGAUUGCAAGCCACAGGCGGGCUCUGCCUGGCAAGGGAGAGGGGAAGUAUCUCUGAGCAUUUUUGCAUGCUGCAGUGAAGCAUUCCCUUCAGGCACUGCUCCCCCACAUGGGCUGGAGCUUGAGAGAAGUCCCGUUUCUCAAGUUGGGAGCCACAUCUGUGAGUGUUUUUGUUUUUCUCCUGCUCACUUGGGGGCCAGAUCGGGAAGGGUUGUAGUGGUUUUUGGAUUUUGUGUUUGCUUCUUCCUUGUGUGUGGCCCCUGACUGAUUUUUCUGUGGGUCAGUGGCCCUGGACCCAAAAAAGAUUCCCCACCCCUGGUGUAAGGGUUGUCCCAAGUUUAGCUGAACAGAUCCAUUAGGGAGAUCUGCAAGCACUUCUGAAACAACCACCUAAGUGCAGAGCUAGAUCUAUAAUAAUAAAUAAUAUAUUCUGAUCUUCCUGAUGCUACCUCCCAUGCCAGUAUCAGGCUGGCUUAAUCUGUAGCAAGUGACAUCUGACAGGCUAAUGAUUCCCCCUCUCCCCCUACAGUCACAGGACAAACCUAGCUAAUUAAGGGUUAAUGUUCCAUGUUGCAAAAACCACAUGAAUACUUUCGAAACAGACUAUUUCAGGGAUGAGAAAUAGUUCUUCUUUUCUGGCCUCACUUUCUUCACUUUGUUUCUGUAUAUAUUUGGGGGCAAAGGAUAGGGUGGAAUGUUAGUUGCUUUUAUUACUCAUAAUAAUGCACUUCUGAUUUGAAAUAAGACAUCACAAGACUGGUUGGGAACUUCCUUCCUUCUACUCCCUGAACAUCUCAUCAGACAUCAUUCAAGCUCUUGCUUGUGUGUUUGGCCAACUCAGAAUAUAAUUUGCUCUUCUGUAGAACAGCCCCUUGUGCUGGGGGCUGGGUGAAGACCCUGGAGUUACCCGUGGGGACAGUGAGGUUCGGAAAGAAACCAUGAGCCCAGCAGGGAAAUCCAGCCCAGGAACUGCAGCCCCACCAGAGGAGAGGAGACGUUGCUCCUGGCUCAAUCCCUGGGUCAUUCUGGUGUGUGCCCUUGUCCUCAAGGCUUGUGUCAUCUCCGGCUGUAUGGUCUCUCUCCUCAAGGUAAAUCCAGACUGUGAGGUGCACAAGGCUUUGCCCCAGAGUUCCAUAGAGUGGCAUUGCAUCGUGGGGCGCGACGAAGGAAAAGGGCGAGUCUGGACAUGUUGCCCAAAGGACUGGGAGCCCUUUCAGGCUAGCUGCUACUACUUCUCUAAAGACAUCAUGACCUGGAGUGACAGCAAGAGGAACUGCACAGGGAUGGGUUCCCAUCUGGUGGUGAUCAACACAGGAACUGAGCAGGAUUUCGUUUCCAGUUAUGUAAAAAGAACAGUUAUUGGCAUCCAAGUGGAGAAUUAUCACAUUGGUCUCACUCAACAGGAGAGGGGCCAGUGGCGCUGGGAGGAUCAGACUCCAUAUAACAAGACAGCAGCGUUCUGGAUACCAGGAGAACCAAAUAAUCUCAGUCUGGAGAAUUGUGUUGCCAUAGAUACAUCCCAAAAGGGGAUCAGGAAUAACUGGAAUAACUUCCCAUGUAUUUUACCAUUUCAUCGGAUUUGUGAAACUGCGGCCACAAAUAUUUAAUGACAUGAAAAACCCCCAUCAUGGAAGUGAGACCCAAGAGUGAGUCCAUCUCUCACCCCAGGCAACUCACGGACAGAUCAGAUUGGGGGGUUUGUAGCACUGUGAGUCCUGGGCUGUGUAAUAUGCAAGAAGGCAAGCUGAGCUGUAGAGUCAAAACAAUAUAUAAACUUCUGAAAAUGGCAAACGUGGAACACUACUGGACUUCAGCAGAGGUCUGCUCAUGAUGUCAGAAACACUGCCUGUAUAGUCAUCCAACAAGUCCAAUGUAGAAGGUGGUUUGGAAAGGGGAAGGCCAGAAGAUUUGUCUGAAAGUGUUGAAGGGAGACUUGCUAGUCACAGUAUAAACUCGGCCAGUGUUGCUAAAUGUAAUAACUUCCCUUGGUCCCAAUACGUCAGUCCCCGGGAAUACGUGUGCUGUGAUGGGAGUGUCUCAGCAUGUCCACGUUGCUCUGUUGGGUGUAAGAAGAGAUUCAGCUUUAAGGAAAGAGAUGCAGGAGUAAAGGUCCAAAUCUCAGCAGAGCUCUUAGGUGUUCCAACUCCACUGGAAACAGGCAUCUGUGCUUCCAGCUGGAACUGGUAAAAGGCCACACAGUUCAUUAUGCCUGAUCCAAAUUUAACUUCUUUGGUGAUGGAGUGGAACAAUUUAUGCCCAGAGAAAGGACAGGUUUUCAAUCAAGAGACUGAUCCUAGCCCAAAUCUCCUAAAGCAGGAAAGGAUCUUUAAGCCCAGUUCUUUCCCAUUGCCUGGGAACUACUGCUGGGUUGGUACUGAUCAUGCAUUCUUUGUUUAAUGCUAGUUUUGCAUGGCAGGAGCAAUGACACUUCCACCACUUCCUCUGAUGAGACCACAGACCUAGCUCUCCUUGCCAAUGAGUUUUGAGCCUGAAUGUCAGAUGCUCUGUAUAAAGUUGUCUCUGGAUGUGUAUCACCUUGUUCUGUUCCAUCUCAUGCGGCAAGGGUGGGGAACCUUUAUUGGGUUGGGGGCUGCUGACCCACAGUAAAAUCAGUCGGGGCAGCAAACAAGUAAGAAGCAAAACAUGGAAAAAAAAAAAAAAAAAAAAAACCCUCAACCAACCAAUUAAACCCUCACUGCUAUGGUCCCCAACUGAAAAGAAGAAAGACUCCCGACAGUUUACUCACACAACAGAGCCUAUUGGGGCCCAUGAAAGUAGAUUUUGUGUGCUCCAGCACGAUGGGCUCCUCAAGCUGGAUGGGAGAAGCCCUGAGCCUUAGGGGCUGGAUUCAGGCAAGCCGAGAGCUGCAUCUAGCCCCCGGGCCUUCGGUUCCCUACUUCUCUCUGACUGAUUAUUUCUGACUCUUGCUGCAUACAGUUCCCCUUCAGGAAUUCCCUGCUCAUUUCAGGACUGGUUAUAAUAUUGUGUUUAUCUUAAUAAAGUCGAGAUGCAAA